AUGGGGUAUGGUGGUGAUCAGGGUGCUGGUAUGGAGUAUGGUGGUGAUAAGGAUGCUGGUAUGGGGUAUGGCAGUGAUCAGAAUGCAAAUAUGGGGUAUGGCAGUGAUCAGACUGCUGGUAUGGGGUAUGGCGGUAAUCAGGACGCUGGUAUGAAGUAUGGCGGUGAUCAGGAUGCUGGUAUGGGGUAUGGCGGUGAUCAGGAUGCUGGUAUGGGGUAUGGCGGUGAUCAGGAUGCUGGUAUGGGGUAUGGCGGUAAUCAGGACGCUGGUAUGAAGUAUGGCGGUGAUCAGGAUGCUGGUAUGGGGUAUGGCGGUGAUCAGGACGCUGGUAUGGGGUAUGGCGGUGAUCAGGACGCUGGUAUGGGGGAUGGCGGUGAUCAGGACGCUGGUAUGGGGGAUGGCGGUGAUCAGGACGCUGGUAUGGGGGAUGGCGGUGAUCAGGACGCUGGUAUGGGGGAUGGCGGUGAUCAGGACGCUGGUAUGGGGGAUGGCGGUGAUCAGGACGCUGGUAUGGGGGAUGGCGGUGAUCAGGACGCUGGUAUGGGGGAUGGCGGUGAUCAGGACGCUGGUAUGGGGGAUGGCGGUGAU